UUUCCCAUCCUCUUGCUCUUGCUCUCAUUCAUAGGAACAGUAUAUGCAGAAAAUCCAGAGGGCUUCGUUACGGCUACCGUUGAUGGCGAGAGAGUCCUUGUCAAAGAUGAUAGACGGCCUUCCAUCUACACAGGAGACUAUGCCAGCUGUAUGAGCGGGGGCAGCUUCGAAGUGACGAGGUUCGAUGCCGCCUAUUAUAAAGAUAACAUGACGGUCAUGUUUCAUCUCGGCGGUUCGUCGAAACUGAAUAAUGAGUCUAUUAUGAUGUUCAUUGGCGUAUACGCGUACGGGGAGAGCCGGUUCGACCUGACGUUCAACCCAUGCAGUGCCAAUAUCUACAGGUAUGAUAUCUCUUCUCAACGUCCAAUUGCUUGCCCGGUAAUGAAUGAUAUCCCAAUCGAAGCGCAGGGUAUAAUUCCGAUUAGUGAAGCGGAUGCCUCUGUAAUUCCUGAGAUUGCACUGAGUAUCCCUGACUUUGAAGGUGAGGCAGUAUUGAGGAUCUUUGCCAAUUCUACACAGGAGGAGAUUGGAUGUUACACCGCGGUUCUCAGAAACGGAAACACCUUUUCUCACCCAGAAGCGGUGGGACCGGUGCUCGGAGUGUUCACUUUCAUUGCAGUGAUAUCGUCUUUCGCUACGGCCAUCUACGGCGACAGCGUGCCGGAGAUGCGGAAGCAUUAUGCACACUCACUGUCCGUUUUGGUUGUGUUCGCUGUAUGGCAUCACAUCUUCUUCAGUGGUGCUUUGUCGGUUAGCUGGCCCAGUGUACUUGUUGCUUUUUGGAACAAUUACGCAUGGGCAGGAGGUAUGAUCUAUAUCGACAGCAUGCAGAGCACCAUCGCCAGAUUCAUCGGUUCAAACAAAGGCAAUACCAUGGCCGUUAGUGCAGCUGGUCAGAAUAUCGAUCUUGGGCAAGGAAUAGACAUCAAAAAGAUCUAUUGGAAGCGAUCGGCCCUGUCUAAACCCCUCAACAUACCUGGACUUUAUAGGCGAAGCAAGUAUAACACUGUAGCUCGACGUUUUGAGCAGGCCCUGGCGGCGCGAGACGCUGCGAAUGUUUCAAGCUCUUCAAGUCCAUUUUCCUGGUACGGCAAUCCAGCUCGAGAGGGACUUCCUCUCCCGGGUAACUAUUCGGGAUUCGCUGGCACUCUCGCUCAACAGGACAUCCCCGCUUCAAAUGCGUUCAUGACCGGCUUCCUUUGGUUCCUCGUUCUCCUGGCUGCCGUGGUAUUCUCCGUUGUUGCCUUUAAGUUCCUCCUCGAGGCUUUGAUUAAGAUUAAAGGAAUCCGCCGCGAUCGACUGGUCUACUUCAGAACCCACUGGCUCGGAUACACGGCGCUGGCCGCUUUGCGAACUCUCUUCAUUGUUUUUUUCACUAUAAUGUUUCUUUGCCUUUUUCAAUUUACCUACCUCGAUACAACUGGCCCAGUCGCAAUCGCAGCUGUGGUGUUCUUGGUCAUGCUCUUUGGGCUUGGGGGCCUCGCAGGCUACGCUUGUUUUCACCGAAUCAAAGUAGGGCGUUAUGUCUCUGAGCCAGAUCGCAUAAACGUGGAAAAACGAAAGAUCCUUAAAGGUAUCCCUUGGUACGGAUUCUCCCGAGCCAGCAAGCAUCAUCGAUCGGAAAGCGGAACAUACAUUGGUUCGAUGCCAUGGUGGACGAUCCACCCAGCUUCAGACGCCGAGAAAUCCGUCCACGACGAUGAAGACUUCACGAAGAGAUUCGGCUGGCUAGCUUCUCGAUUCCGCCGGACUCGCUGGUGGUUCUUCGUCGUGUGGCUCGUCUACGAGUUCAUUCGUGCCUGCUUCCUCGCUGGUGCCUCGGGCAACGCAAUGAUCCAAGUCUUUGGUCUCCUUGCUGUGGAGUUCAUUGCGUUUGUUACAAUCGUCAUCAUGCGACCGUUCGAGGGUAUGCGCUUGAACAUCCUCGUAGUUUACUGCCUCGGAUUCAGUAAGGUGGCUACUGUCGCGUUGUCGGCAACCUUCGACACUCGUUUCAAUCUGCCUCGGAUCCCCGCCACGGCUAUCGGAAUCGUCAUCAUUGUCAUACAAGGGAUACUCACGGUCGUCACGAUGAUUGCCAUCUUCGUCGGUGCUAUUUCGAGUUGGAUGUCCGUUAAACGGGAUCGCGAUAGCGAGACGUUUAGGCCGAGGAAAUGGAAGGGGAUGCGAGAGAAGUAUUUCAGAUCUAUGGACACGAAAGCGCUGGAUGUCCCGCCGCCGCCACCCCCUCCGCCUGCGAUUCCAGAACCGCCUAGGGACCCGUACUUCAAUGUCAACUCUUUCAGGCGCAUGGCUAAGAUCGAGGAUGAAGAUGCGGAGUUCAAGAUGGAGAUCCAGGGAGGCGACCCAAAUGCAUCUACGAUGUCUUUCUCUACCGAGCAGUACGGUGUUGGCGAGAAACAUUCCAGUCCUAGUAGAGCGGCUAGCAUCAGGUCGCAAGUGUCAUACACGAGCUUGCCCGCCGGGGCUCGUGUCCAUCGUGCCAGUUGGAGUUCUCGGGAUUUCAAUGAG